CUUGGGUUGUUUCAUAUGUCUCUUUUCCUUACGAUCUUCUUUUCCAUUUUGUGUGUUUUCCUAUCUUUCUUAUGUUGUGUAUCUCCUUAUGUGUGGUUUUCAUUUGUUGUAUCUUCUGUCUUCUACUUUCAUCUGUCUUAUAUGUCUUAUUUCUUUCGUUGUUUCAUAUGUCUGUUUUUCUAUAUAUCGUCUCCACCUUGUGUCUCUUCUUGUCAUUUAUUAUCUUAUUUUGUGUAUCUCCUUGUGUGUGUGUGUUAUCAUAUGUGUCUUUCUACCUUCUUUCUUAUCUGUUUUGUCUCCUUGGUUGUUUCAUUUGUCUUAUUUCUUCAUCUUCUUCAUCUUCUUCAUUUCUUAUAUAUGCUGUAUGUGUUACUUUUCUUGUUUCCUUGAUUUCCUUGAUUUCCUUGAUCUGCUUUCCUAUCUUUCCUAUCUAUUUCAUUUGUCUCGUUUGGUUGAUUUUGGGAGUCAGGCGUUUUUCUCUUUUCUGCAUCUUGUUUGAUCUUCCCUAUCUUGUCUGAUCUUUUUGCCAUCUCGUUUGACUGAAUUUCUUUCCUAGGCCUUGGUUGGGUGGUUGGGGCGGGCCUGGGACAUCAGGCAGCACAGCUGCCUGGUGUCGAUCAUCUCCUUUGAUCUACUUGCCAUUUUCUUCCAUUUUUUUUUUCGAAUCUCGGUGUUAUAGUUUCUUGGUAUCUCGUUUGAUCUUUUCUAUCUCGUCCGAUCU